UUCUACAGCAAUUUAGCUCGAGUACAAUCGAUAUUCCACGAUUCUGGGAACAAGUCUAGUGUACGACCUUGGCAGAAAACGAGGCAUAUUUUUGCCUACUGAAAAAAUACAAUGGAACACGUUGGGAUUAUAAUCGUUGUCUUGUGUGUGAUCGUCACGUGCCAUGCCGGAUGCGUGGAAGAAAACAAGAAGACGGUAGAGGACGUGCUCAAUCCCCUGAAGGAGGAGCUGGCCAAGAAAAGUCCCAACGACGUGCCAGACUUCCUCUGCAUGACCGAACACAAGGCUAGUUUGGACAAAAUCAUCAAACAUUUCAACAACUGCACGGAUUUCGUUGACGAGGCAUUCAUCAAGGAACUCAAACAUGCUUCUGCUAAGGUGUUUGCCGACGAUCUCUUCCAUAUCAAAUCAGCCAACGAAUUCUGUAAGUGUUUACCCACGCUUCCGUGUCUGAAUGAGAUUGACCUUGGGAAAAUGUCUCGGACUCAGAACAACAACACUGUUUGGAAGGAGUUGGCUGAGCCGGCAUACAUUUGCGGACUGGCAAGAAAGGACAUCGAAUGUGUGGGAAACUCCAUGCCAACGUGUACCCGCUACCUGCAAUACAAAUACAACAAGACUGUGUCAUCUAGCAUGACGGCGUGGUUUGACAUCAGCUCACUCGAGUAUGCGCACAGGUUCGCCCAGAACCACUGCAAACAUUGGCCAGAUGUGAAGCACACGUGCUCCCAGAAGCGAUCUAAAUGGUACUCUAUAGAAGUGUGCGUCAAAUACGCAGCCACUCUCAAAGACGACAAGGACAGAAUGUGCGGAAUGCGGAAGUGCGCUGAGAAGUACAUGACCACUUGCCCGGCCGGAGAUAUGGAAUAUUUCAUCGACUCUGUCAACGUCUUCGCUGAGCACAAGCUUAUGACCACGCCCUGUCAGAUCGCCAUGGCAACCGUCGCUAGAGCAACCGUCCUUAGCGUUCUUGUUUCUGUAGUUGUUGCUCUAAUGUUGUAAAUAAAUAGGUAACAAACCAGAAACAUUUAAAAUCUAAUUUAAGGAAUGUUUGGCAUGACAACCCCCUGCUGUGCAUCUCCUGCUUAUUGCACUGAUGUCACAGUAGGGGCCAAUUUCCUGUUUAUUUGAUUAUUGGCUCAGUGCCAUUUAGGGUCCAUUUCUAUAAUAAAACCUCCAAAACUGCAUAGCAGGAUAUUCAGAUCAGAGAUCUGAUAAGAUUAAACUAGGCAUUUAAGGUGAUGUCACAGCAGUAAUUUGGCAAGACGAACGUUUGGCCUGCAUUAUAUGUCUUGUGUGCAACGCCUUUGACUUAACAAGUUUUGGACAUUAACCUCCUUCGGGCACAAACCCAUAUCCAACAAAGGUUAUCAUUUGUUGCCUUAAUCGGACAGUAGUAGGCGAAAAUGUUCCAUGUGCUUCAAUAUUUGAGUGCACAUAGAACCUUUUCGCUCUGUUCUCAUAAUAUUCUCGUCACCAAAACGACAUCCUGUCAAUGGGACAUAAGAGCAAAUGCUGAUCACAAAUACACCAAAUUUGAUACUUGUUUGGUAAUUUCAGUCAGGCGAAACAUAAGAGGCAACGUUAGCAUUUGAGAAACAAACUUGCAUGUACAACUCUGGCUCCAUUUUCUGUAGAUAUCCAAAAUGAACUUCAGUUACUCUGAAAAGUAUAAACGGCCUUAACCAUUUUAGUCGUACAAUCGGUAAUCAGUGUUGACGGUGUUUCUGAAUAUUUGUUGUUUCGUCUUAGAUAAUGCUUGUAUAAUUAUAGUGUCUGUUAACUUCACGGGGCUUUUGUGACAAUAUUGAGUUGAGGUACAAUAAGGCUGUCAGUCUCAGUCGAUUUUGAUUCGUUUCUAGAUCUUCUUCAGAUUCUACGUCGGUACACCUUACGAUUAAAAGGUUUUCUCUGUAUAUCAGAUUUACAUCAUAAAUGUGGAAAGGAGUUAAAUAAUAAUUUAGAAUAAAUAUCGAACUGGUUCGAAUACACAUGGCCGCUGAUUUCGUUAACUUACAUCAAUUUCCAUACGAUUAUGAGCUUCGGGUAUUUUGUUAUAUCACGCCUCCAACAUAAAUGACGCAACGCCAUUGGUCCAAGACUGGUCACGUGGUGACCCCAUGUUUUUCCAUAUUUGAUCACCAAAUUUAUAUCGUUCCAAAAUGGCGUCUUAUUUCCGAUUCCGAUGAAUAAAUGAAACAUUUAAACAUGAUAACAGGCUGUCGACGUGAUAUAUACGUUACGGGGUUAGAAGGUGACUUUGCUCUCGCCCGAUAUUGUUUCCUUUACCUGGUAUAUCCCAUAUUGGGUCACCUAAUAACCCCGUAACUUAUAAUAUCACGCCUACAACAUAAAUGACGCAACGCUCUCACCCAAUAUGGUUUCCUUUGCCACGUAUAUCCCAUAUUGGGUCACCUAAUAACCCCGUAACUUAUGAUAUUGUGAAGGAUCUAUAUUGUGUAAUAAAUAGUGUGAUUUUUUUAAUUCGGUGUAAGGUCGCGAUAUAAUUCACCGAGUUUCGUAGCAGCUAAGAUGUAAUUGUAGUAUUUUUAAAACUUAUUUUAAUCUUAUAUUUUACAUAAUUAUUUAAAUUAUUUUAAGGCUCAAAUCUAGUGCAAUAGCCCAUUAGUGUUCAUAUAUCAUUUGAUCACGUCGUUCAUUAAUCGUCAAAUACAAUUCUGCGUAGCAACUUGCGGAAUGAACCAAACGCAACUAAAAGUAUAACUAUAAAAUUAGAUUGAAGACUUUAACAUAAUUGAAGAUUAAUAGAAGUUGCUUUCUGUGUUAUAUUAAUGCAAACAACAUUAUUUCGUCAAUUGAUCUUUUCGACAUAUUUAUGAACGAGUGAAUUGUAACCACGCCCCCCCCCCAACCCCCAGGUCCGGGAAACUUUGACUGCGGGGCAACCUGGAAGUUAAAAACACGGCCCAUUUCUCCCGCUAUUCCCGGUAUACCCCCGGUCCUGGAUUGAGGGGGAGGGGUUUGGUUACAGUUAACGGGUGCAUUAUAAACUAGAACCAGAUGUAACUGAAUUAUACAAAGUAAAACACCUCUAUGUAUAGUGAAAUUACUAGACCCACAUCUCAUAUUUCACAUAUCACAUCAUGCAAUAAGAAACGUUUUAGCUUUUCAUUCUGUGCUGUUGUUUGAACAUUAGUGUUGAUUUGUAUCACUUAUAUUUCUAUUAUCUUUACAUUUUUUAGAAACUGUUGUGAAUGGUGUUUUGAUUGUUUUUGUAUAAUAUGUUUAGGGAGUGUCGAUUGUAUGAAAGAUGUAUAUUAUAUUGUGUUACCGAGUUAAACAUAGUGUCGUAAAUAAUAACUUUUCUGGCGUGAUGUGUUUAUAGAAGCGUAACUUUUGGCUAUGCUGCCAACGUAGCGUGUUUUUUUGUUUUAUAAAAGUCUGACCUCGAAUUGUUUAUCAGAAAAAAAUAAUUUAACCUUAUUUAUUUUACAAUAAUUGCGAAACAAAUUGCUACAACAUUAUGAUAACCACUCUCGUUAGCACUAUGUUAAACAUGCCUGGUGACCACAAACAAGACGCUUCCGACCUGGUGACCACAAACAAGACGCGUCCGGCCUGGUGACCACAAACAAGACGCGUCCGGCCUGGUGACCACAAACAAGACGCGUCCAGCCUGGUGACCGCAACCACAAACAAGACGCUCAUUUGACAAGGGCGGAAAUCGAACCCGAUCGGUCUUGGUAAGAAGCGAGUGCGCUAACCACUGCGCUUACUGAAAAAUCAUUGAACAUUUGAUUUUAGUUGCAUGUUUAUUGGGUUUUUGCUUAUCUCUUAAAUGAAAGCUAAUGUGUGUUGUUUAUUCAAAUAAAUAUGUUAAUACAA